CCCCUCCCGGCCCCCCCAGAGCACCAGCAGCCAUUUCAUCUCCGGCACCAAGUAGGCGCAAAAAAUGGCAGAAAUGGAGAAAGAAGGGAGACCUCCCGAAAAUAAAAGGAGCAGGAAGCCGGCGCACCCGGUGAAGCGGGAGAUCAACGAGGAGAUGAAGAACUUCGCAGAAAACACUAUGAAUGAGCUCCUUGGCUGGUAUGGUUAUGAUAAGGUUGAACUGAAAGAUGGAGAAGAUAUUGAAUUCAGGAACUACUCUGCAGAUGGGGAAAGCCGCCAGCACAUUUCUGUUCUCAAAGAAAAUUCCUUGCCAAAACCAAAAUUACCUGAGGACAGUGUUAUUUCACCAUACAAUAUAAACACAAGCUACCCAGGGCUUGCCACGGGAAAUGGACUUUCAGACUCACCAGCAGGGUCAAAGGAUCACGGGAAUGUACCUAUUAUUGUCCCAUUAAUUCCGCCACCUUUCAUAAAGCCACCAGCAGAAGAUGAUGUGUCAAAUGUACAAAUAAUGUGUGCCUGGUGCCAGAAAGUUGGAAUCAAGCGCUAUUCCCUGAGUAUGGGAAGUGAAGUGAAAUGCUUCUGCAGCGAGAAGUGCUUUGCAGCUUGCCGAAGAGCAUAUUUCAAGAGAAACAAGGCUAGAGAUGAAGAUGGACAUGCUGAAAAUUUUCCCCAGCAGCACUAUGCUAAGGAAACUCCAAGACUUGCCUUCAAGAAUAACUGCGAACUACUUGUAUGUGACUGGUGUAAGCACAUAAGACACACAAAAGAGUAUCUGGAUUUUGGGGACGGGGAAAGACGGCUUCAGUUCUGCAGUGCAAAAUGUCUCAAUCAGUACAAAAUGGACAUUUUCUACAAAGAGACACAGGCCAAUCUUCCAGCUGGACUGUGCAGUACAUUACAUCCUCCAGUCGAAAAUAAAGCAGAAGGCACUGGAGUACAGCUGCUGACUCCAGAUUCUUGGAAUAUACCGCUAGCAGAUGCUCGGAGAAAAGCCCCAUCCCCAGCGUCUGCAGCUGGCCAAAUUCAAGGUCCUGGACCAUCAGCGUCUACCACUGCCUCUCCGUCUGACACUGCCAACUGCUCUGUCACUAAAAUCCCCACGCCAGUUCCCAAACCUAUUCCCAUCAGUGAGAAUCCAAAUAUUCCACCGGUUUCUGUCCAGCCACCUGCUAGCAUUGUGCCUCCAAUUGGUGUCCCACCUCGCAGUCCUCCCAUGGUGAUGACAAACCGUGGGCCAGUUCCGCUGCCCAUAUUCAUGGAACAGCAAAUUAUGCAGCAAAUCCGUCCACCAUUUAUUCGUGGGCCGCCUCACCAUGCCUCAAAUCCUAACAGCCCUCUGUCAAAUCCAAUGAUUCCUGGAAUCGGUCCACCACCAGGCGGCCCCAGAAAUAUGGGUCCCACCUCCAGCCCCAUGCACAGGCCAAUGCUUUCCCCUCACAUCCAUCCCCCCACGACACCAACCAUGCCUGGGAACCCUCCAGGCUUGCUCCCGCCCCCUCCUCCUGGAGCCCCUUUGCCCAGUCUUCCCUUUCCCCCCGUCAGCAUGAUGCCAAAUGGUCCUAUGCCUAUGCCACAGAUGAUGAACUUUGGGCUGCCAUCCCUUGCCCCGCUGGUGCCACCCCCGACUCUACUAGUGCCAUAUCCUGUCAUUGUCCCUUUGCCUGUCCCCAUCCCCAUUCCCAUCCCCAUCCCUCACAUCAAUGAUUCCAAACCCCCCAGCGGUUUCUCCAGCAACGGCGAAAACUUCAUUCCGAGUACCUCCAGCGAGACGCCUGGAGCAAAGCCAACCAAUAGCUCUUCGUCCCCUCGAGAGUCAAAGCAAGGAUCGUCCAAACCCUCUGACUCCUCUCCGAGCUGCUCAGGCCAGUCCCUAAAUCAAGCUCAAGUGCUUCAGGAGCACAGUAAAAAUGAAGUUGUUGACUUGACUGUCAGACCUAGUAGUCCUGUGAACAGUAAAUUUGGUUUCCCCAGUGUGCUACAGGGUCCGCAGGAUGGUGUGAUAGACCUAACAGUAGGCCACCGGUCUAGGCUGCACAAUGUUAUCCACAGGGCUCUACAUGCCCAAGUGAAAGUCGAGCGUGAACCUAACAGUGUUGUAAAUUUGGCUUUCGGUAGCUCAGACAAAAGGAACUGCAGUGACUGCAGGGACAAUUGCAGCCCAAUUGAGUCAAAAACAUUGCCAUGCGGUGAUGCAGCCCACUGCUGCCCUGUCUCCUUGGCCUCCGGCACACCGGGACUGGAAGCUGGAGCAGCUGUGUGCAAUGUCAUUGUAAAUGGCACAAAGAGCACAGAGGGUUCCAAGAACCCGGAGCCACCCCAGGAUCCGAAAAAGCCCCAGCCACCAGAGGAGCUGGCGGUGAGUGAGCUGGAAUCUGUGAAGGAGAAUAACUGUGCAUCGAACUGCCACCUUGAGGGAGACACUGGCAAGAAGGCCGGAGAAGAGCCCCUUGCUGGAGGAGACAAGCAGGACCCCAACCUCAACAACCCGGCAGAUGAGGACCAUGCGUAUGCUUUGCGGAUGCUGCCCAAGACAGGUUGCGUGAUCCAGCCUGUGCCAAAACCAGCAGAAAAGACUGCUAUCGCGCCAUGUAUUAUGUCAGCGCCAAUCCUCAGCACAGGGCCAGAGGAUCUGGAGCCACCAUUGAAAAGGAGGUGUCUCCGAAUUCGAAAUCAGAAUAAGUAAAGGAAUGCUCGCCGACAGGGUACCUUGCAUGGAGAAAGGGAGCAGAGCAAACCACAUCGCUCCACCGAACGACACCAGCUGGUCUGCUCACCACCCCUCUGGCUAAAAGUCAAGCAAAUAAAGCAGCUUCCCAUCACGA